CCGAAAUACGACGCACAGUAUAUACUAAUGAAAGCAGGGAACACAAUAAACUAGAGCGCUGUUUACAAGGAGCAACGACCAACGAGUAAAAUUAAGGCAGGGAGUGCGACGCUUGCCGCCGCCAUCUUUCUGCGUAUUAGCGAAGGGCGAAAAGUAAAUUAUAACAAAGCGCCGAAGCCGAAGUAAACGCAUAAAAUUACAAACGACUACGAAUUUUGUGUGUUUCUGUAUUUGUAAAUAAGGAAACCAUUUCGUAAAUGGAAGUGGUGCCAGGAUGGGGGAUCCAUUAAAGCAGCUCCUUCUUCAGUCUGGUUGGUCAUAUGAAGACGUCUUGCAGAAACUUGAGCAAUACAAAACCGAAAACGUCAUAAAAUCAGAAACUGAGAACUGCAGUUCAAAGAGUGAACUCCCCUUGGCCGGUAAAAAUGUACAAGAAUUAUCUGAGAAAAGUACAAUAAGAAUAGAUUCUGUGAUAAAUAAUAAUAAUGCUAUUCCACAAAAUGGCGGUACUUUUCCAGAGGUAAAUAAUGGGGUUAUAUGUGUGGAUGUUGAAAUUUUAUCCGACGAUGAAAUCGUUGACUACAUUCCAGAUUCAAGUCAAGAUCAAGAGGUUCCGCAUGUUAAAGAAGAGGAAGAAACUCCAGCGGAGUGUAUAAUAAUAGAUGAAAAUGAAAUUGGGACAAAACCUGUUACUCCUCCUACUGAAAGUAGAAAUAAAAAAGGCAUUACAAUCUUAAAUCAUUUUAAAAUAAACACGAAUAAUAACCAAAGAUAUGUCAUUCAAGAUUUAUCCUCAAACACUAAUCCUCAAUUCAGUAAUUUAAAUAUAAGUAACACAAAUUGUGAUAUUAAUAACACACAGUGCAGUGUUACUAAACCGGCUACAAUUGAAAACUGUGAUAGCACAAUGAAUAGCGGAAGGAAUCUCAUUUGUGCAGAGAAUAAGGACUUAAACCUCGAAUCCCUACCUAAAGUAAAUUCGGGCGAUCGAAAGCGCGACCUUGUAAAUAAAUCUGAUGACUAUUCUUCGAUUAAACGUAGAAAGAGUAACUGCGAAGUAAAUGGUGAUAAUGUCUCAAAAAUUACCACCCCCGACUCGUUUUGCAAACCGCCUACUGUUGCGGCCCUUAAUACAUCGACUGACUUAAUUGAGGAACUGAACAAUUUGUUUGAUGACGUGGAAUCAAAUUCGAAAAAAAUGUUUCCAGCUGCUAACGAAAGCGCGGAAUGUGAUGACAUAAUUUCAAAUGCGGAAAAACUACUGCGCGAACUCGCUGGCACACCCGUGCGUAAUGAACCGGAGGAAGACAUUGUUUUUGUCGGCACGCCAGAAACUUGCGAAACUCCAAGAGAAAAUGUAAGGACCGAACAAGAGCCUCAACAAGAAAGUGUGAAAAUGUUAAAUUUAACGAGCAAUUUGGAGAAAAAAAAACAUAAUAGUCGAUUACAUCGUAUCACCAAUGUAUUACUUGAAAAGCUUCAGAAGGACGGUCCUAUUACCCUUGAGACUCCUCAGGACGAAAGUGAUGACCAGGAUGAAAGUGCAGUUGGUUUUCAAAUUGUUAAUGUAGUAGGAGGUUACAAAUCCCCUGAACGUGAAGCAGAAGAUCAAGUGAUGCCAAAAACUAAUGAAUCACCUUCGGUAACAAAAAAGAAGAAAAUGAAGAAGUUGUUCAAGCAGUCUGUUGGUAACAUCUCGAAACAAGACUACACGCCCAUAAAGCCUACAAAAACAAAUGAUGUUACUAAAAUUAAGGGGUGGAAGAAAAAGAAAUUUAGUACCGAAAAUGAUUUGGGCAAUGUGUCGCCUACUGCUGUGACUAAAUCUCCGAGGGUAGACACCUCAAAUUCGGCGAAUGCCGCAUUUACGAGUGAUAUAUUGGAUCAGUUCCUAAGUGAAAAUUCCAGCUUGAAUAUUAGCUACGAACUACCAAAGCUUGUUGCUGAAGAUACCUUAAAGCAAACGUACAUCGACGUACAAUUUCCUGCAUAUGGGCAGGUUGCGCCGUCACCUACCCCAAAACCGAAGAAGGAAGGUUUUAAACCCAAAACCGUGGCCGAAAAACGACGAAUGGAGGAGAUGAAAUUUAAUCCUAUCGCUAACAUUUUGGAGAAUAUGAGUACGAAACAGCAAAAGCAGUGCGUUCGCGAAACAUUGAAAAUUAAAAGGAAGCUUGUUUCUCAAGAUCUGCCAUUUACAAGACGAUGUUUUGUCACCGCCGUUCGGUUGACACAUACAGAAAGCUCCAUUUUAUACUGUGGUAAACAACUGUACGUACCUUCAUGUAAAGAAAACAAAAUCCUCGAAAAUAUAAAGGACCAAUAUCGCAAACGUUUUCGUGCGGCCAAAAUCAAACAAAAGCCCUCUCUACUACGAACUCUCACUUACAAUUUCACCUACGAUCCCAAGGACUGGAAAAAUGUCCGACUGAAAUUACCCAAACUGUUUGUGGAAGUCACUCCUCAACUGCGAAAACGAAUUCACCCUCACGUGGAGCGUUACGUGCAAUACGACAAGGAAGUUUUAGAUGAAGAGAGAGUCGCGUUCGCACUGAGCACAUUAAAAGUGAAAGAUCAACCCUUUGUACCGCAAACUUUUGUGUUUCCCGUUCGGUAUAAGAAAACCAAGGUGUUCCGGAAACGAAAAGAACCCAAACCUUUGCCACCCUCCACCUGUCAUGAAUCCGACGACGUGAUCGAAAGUGGUGUUAAAGAAGUCAUCGAAAGACUGCUGGACUACUGCGAGAUAUUGGAUCAAACCAAAGAUAUAGUUUUGGAAGACGAAGUUCGUGUAGUGGAAGAAAUACACCCCGUGCAGGAGGUUGUAGAUAAAAUUGCGAACACUAAAUCUGAUAGUCCAACCCUAAAGAAAACUGAGGCCGAAAUGAGGAGGUUAAAUUGUAAAUUUCUCUCGAUUCCCACUAACGAGGAUGUAAGCUCUAAGGGACCGUGCAAGAAGGAACAUUGCGCACUCGGAUGCGUCUGCAGUAAUUAUUCGACGUUACUCGACCAAAGCCACUGCGGAAAAUACAAGUGUAUGUUCGAGUGUACUUGUAAAAAUCGUUCCGAGUCGAAUACGUUUUCUCAAUGCGUUAUUAAUCAGCUCCAGGAUGAGGCAAAGAAAAAUCUUGCCAAAGUAAGUUGUUCAAUUUUAUGUUUUCGCAUUUAUAGAAAUUUAUCUAUCGUUUGUAAUUUUUUUUUUGAUUCUGAAAUUAUUUUAAUCGUAAAAGGUACAAAUAGAAAUGAGACCGAUUUUCUUAUUUUGAGUAUCAACACGGUAUUUAAAAACAAACCUUGCAACAAUCUCAAGCAAAGGCUAUUGUGACUAGCGUUAUUGUCUUUCCAUGACUUAAAUACCGUCCCAUUUUCAAAUAUUCACGUUUCAUCCAAAAAGACACAUUGGCGUCAAGACUAACAUUGCAUAUUUGCUAUUUACGCAUCUAAAAAAUAGACUCUAGAUAGUGCAGUAUUGGGUAACUGCAUUAAACCUUUUCUUGGGUUAUCUUUUUGAUAGUGGAAACCAAUAUUCGCAAGGAACUUUUGGACCCAUUAAAUACGUCGUUUUUCUUUUAGACCUUGCAAAGAGCUUGAAGCGUAACAUGUUCUAAGAUACAAACGUAAACUGCUUAUACUUAAU